UUAUGCCCAAAAAACAUAAAAUAAUUGACGAGAUUGAGGAUGUAUCACCUUCAACAAGUAAUAGCGGAGUUAAUCCUCGACGACAUUCAGCAACUGAGCAGCGUCAAACUCAUCAUGACAAGAAGAUGCCUAAAAGUGCUGUUCGAGGCGAAUUGAAAGGAUUACAAGAUUCCCUUUCCAAAUUUUUUACACCUUCUGAUAUGCGUCGUUCUCGUGCCCACAGUUUCAAAAUUGGGAUAGAUCAGCAUUUGGAAAUUGAUGUUGACAACAUUCCCAACAAAAUGGUCUCGAGGAGCGAGUCAAAGAGUUCUAGAACUAACAGUAUUAGCAGCCAUAUCUCGCCCAAAUCUCCUCACCAUCGUGAUCGUUUAGAAGACGCGUUAACCAAGUAUUUCACUCCAAAUCCAGAUAAGAGAAGACUACACAAAGAGGGAGAAUAUUGGCAGUUGUCUAAAGGUGGUGAUUUUACUAGACCAAAAACGGCUUCAUCUGAACAUGCCAAAAUUUGCGAAUCAGAUGGGAUGGAGGAAGACGAAUCUCAAAAGGUGGUUUUACAGCCAACGGAUGAAGUUACAGCUCCUACAAUCAACAAAAUUCAUAAACCGGUAAAUAAGCAAAAAAAGGUGCUUGAAAGACGUGAGAAUAAAUCAGCUGCCAUAAAAUCUGCCCAACUUAUUAAGAGAGCAUACAAAGGAAGUCGAGAUUCUCGUAAACAAUUGAAACAACCAAUUUCAUCAUUUCUUAAAAUCUCAUCUGGUGCUUCUCUGAAAACUCAAGAAAAUACAAGGCCAUUAAAAUCUUCAAUCUCUUCUACUAAAGCCAUUAAAAAUGAUAUUUUACCCAAAAUUACUGAUGAAGAUCGUCAUCUUUUUGAACAGGCUAGACGACAUAUUUUAAAGGAUCUUGAAUUGGCUAAUACAGCAUUAAAAAUGGAUGAUAAAUCGAUUUUUCCACCAAAAAUACGAAUUCACUGUUAUGAGAUUGAUACAUGGUUUUCUGCUCCAUAUCCUCAAGAAUAUGCUUGUUUGCCUGUCCUAAACAUUUGUGAUGCCUGUUUAAUGUAUUUAUCAGUUCCUAGUUGCCAUAUGAGAAAAUGCAAACAACGUUAUCCUCCUGGGAAUGAAAUUUAUCGUGAUAAUGAUUUUUCAGUAUUUGAAGUUGAUGGAAAUUUGGCAAGAGUUUACUGUCGUAAUUUGUGUUUGCUGGCUAAAUUAUUUAUUGAUCACAAAACUUUAUAUUUUGAUGUUGAACCAUUUUUAUUUUAUGUGUUAACGUUAAAUGAUGAAACUGGUUGUCAUUUUGUUGGUUAUUUCUCUAAAGAAAAAUUUAGUCAUCAAAAAUACAAUUUGGCAUGUAUUGUAACUUUACCUUGCUAUCAAGGACGUGGUUUUGGCCGUUUUCUUAUUGAAUUUAGUUAUGCACUUUCUAAACGUGAAGGAUUAAUUGGAAGUCCAGAAAGGCCUUUAUCUGAUUUGGGAAAAUUUGCUUAUCAUAAUUAUUGGCUUUACAAAAUUUUUGAUUUUUUCUGUGAACGUUACAAAAAUGAAGAAGAUGAUGAUUUUAAAGAUAAAAUAUCUUUAAUCGGUUUGUUUGAGUUUAGAUUUAUUUUUAAGAUUCUUUUAGAAAUCUCGAAUUUAACGGGAAUUUCACCUAAUGAUAUUGCUGAAACACUGGCAGAAAAUUUGAUGCUUCCAACAAAAGAUUCAAAGACAUCCAUUGUUCUGGACAGAGCUGCUAUUGCUGCACAUAGAAAAGCAAGAGAGACCAAAAAGAGAAUUUUACUUGAUGAAAGCAAAUUAAUUUGGGAACCUAAAAUUUACAGCCCUUCAAAAGAUUUGCGUGUUCAAUCACCUUUAAUUACGACAUUGCCUGUUACUCCAAUAAAAGAUGGUUUGGAUGAUGAAGUUUUGAUGGUACAUACUGUUCAAACAAGUGAUUUAAAAAAUAAAAAGACCAUUCCUGCUUCUACUGGAAGAGGAGCACAUAAAACAUUAAAAAGAGCUAAUACUACUGCAAAUAAAAGGACUCCUGUUGGUAGGGGAAGAAAGAGUACAAAAAAUAAAGGAGCGAGUGGAAGAACAAGUAGUAUCAAAUCAAGGGAUUUAAUGUCAUCUGAAACUGAAGUAGAUAUUGAAGAAGGCUCUUCGUCAAAUGUUCGAAAAAGGGGAAAGACUGUGAGAAAAGUUGCUAGUUGUAAAAAUGAAACAGAAAAACAUCAUAAAAAUAUUGGUUCGUCAUCAACCGAUGAUGAUGAUGAAGGAAAAAUUCCACAAAAUAAAAGAAGAUUGAACCAAAAUUUAAAUAGAACUGUUAGUUUACCUCAAUCAUCAAUAACUCCAUCAAAUUCUUCACAAAAUAUUUCUUCAAAUAGAUGUGUAGUUUCUUCACCGCAAGUUAACUCCAAUACAAAUUUAAUUUGUGAUAAAGAAUCAGCAACAGCAAAAUUAAAUUUGUCUGAUCAAGAAGAAAAAAAUAAGAAGACUGUUGAAACAACUGAUAGUGAAAAUGAUGGGACUGUUAGGAUGAAAUUGGUUGAUAAUAAUGAUGACAAAAAGAAACAAGUUGAAUCUGAAGAAACUGACAUUUCAUCCCACCAUUAUUCACCAACAACGCCACCAUUACCUAAAAGAAGAAAAUUUUUGUUGAAAAGAAAAAUGCGUGAUGGUGGUAUUCAAAGAAGAAGAGGAAAUAGUUCUCCUUCUACAUCUUCUGAUGACGAAAGCUCUUCUUCUGGAUGUGAUUCAGAAAGAAUUAAAAAGGAUUCUGAUGUGUUAAUUUUAAGUGAAAAGAAGGAGAAAAAAUCAACGUUUCAACGAAGUGAGUAUAACAAUGAGACUUCAGCAGAGGAAGAAAACGAUGAUAAUGAUGAAGAAGAAGAACGUUCUUUUUGUUCUUCUGUUAGUCCACAACCAUUAGGAGAUAGAUUACCUCCUUUAAAGGAACAUGAAAAUUUGAUUAAUAUGGGAGGAGAACCUGACACAAUUAAUAUGGGUGGAGAGCCUGAUAACGAUGAUAUUGAUAAUGCUACUUCAUUUUCUACUGUUGGUAUUUCAAGUUAUAAAGCUCCAGUUCUUAUUACUGCACAUCCAAUGGAAGAAGCAGAUGAGGAAUUAUUGGAUGAACCUCCAACAGUUGAACAAUUACAAAGUUUAAACAGUGGUGAACAACAACAACAUUUAUCAACAGAAGUUGUUGGAGGAGAAUUUUCACAAAGUUUAAAUGUUAUGGAGGAAAAUGUCAAUAGUGAUAGAAAUUUGGAUAAUGGAUUAAAAAGCUUGACAGUUAAUGAUAAAAAGUCGACAUCCUCGGGAACAUUGAAAAUUCCAUCAAUACGAAUUGAUUUUCAACAAAAAUCUUGUUCACCAUCUGAUGUAGCUACAGUCGAAAUGCCAGCAUUAGACGCUGCUGAACGUCACAUUUCUCCAGCUGAAAAUAUUUGUCGUUUUGGUGAGGAUGAACUAGUUGAAGAUGACGCUCCACCAAUGUUAUCACCUCAAGCUCAUAAUUCUGAAAAUUUGACUUCCUCAUCUUCUAAUAAUCAGCAAUCUGUGAAUACUAUGAAAACUUUAAUAACAACAACAACAACAUCUUUAACCUCAACUACAAAUGAUUCUUUUAAUAAAACUUUUGAGGCUAGCCAUAAUAAUUCAACAAUUAAUGAAGGAUUACAAAAUACUUCAUCAUCUUCCGGAUCUUCUGGUGGUUGUGGAGACAUGAUACAAUAUAAUAAUAACAUUUCUUGUGAACAAAUCCAUGAUGAAAGUGAUAGUUUUACUCUAAUACUUCAAAAAGAUUUGCUAAAAGUAAGCAAACCUGUCAAUAUUCUACAUGAUAACCAACAAAUUGACGAUCAACAUAGUCCUCAAAUUCGUGUUCGGUCAGAAUCAAAUGUUGAAUUUUGUAGUCCUUCAACUGCUAAUAAAUUACAAAGAACAAGCAGUUUUAGUGGUGGAGCAGCACAAACUUCAAUUUGUGCAAGAGAAGCUAUGGUUGUUAAUAAUUUCAAUACGAUACAACAACCAUUAUUAAAUCGUACACCUGAAAUUUCACUUCCUUCAAUUCUUCCAAGCAAAGCUAAUCUAUCACCAACAUUUCAACAACCUCAAAUGAUGGAAACACAACAACAACAACAACCUUUUCUUCAACCUCCACAGCAUCAACAACAAAAGCAGUUUAUGAGUAAUGUUCAAUCAUCUAAUACUACACAAUUUUUUGAUAUGCCAUAUGAUCAACAACAACAAAUCCAGCAACAACAACAAUUUUUACAGCAACAAUCAAAAAUACAGCAAUCUCAAUCACAAUCUAAUACUACAACAAAUAUGUCUACAGAAUCAUCAACUGAUAAAAAGAAAAAGUCUAAAGGGAAAGAUGGGAAAUCUAGUUCUGAUAAAAAGCGUUCUCAAAAACAACAGCAAUCUCAACAGCAUCAACAGUAUGUUCAAAGACAGGAUCAACAGAAUGCUGCUGCUAUUAUACCUUCAACUUCAUCUAUGCCAAAUGUGACAGAUCCCGUAUUUCAACAACAAUGGGCGGCUGUAAAUAUGGCAGCACAAGCUGCACAUUUUGCUAAUUAUUAUCAACAGCAACAACAACAAUAUCCUUAUAUUGCUGGUGGGUCAAUUAAUCAAAAUACUAACAAUAUUGGACAAAUGAAUCAAUACAUGUACAAUCAACAACAAGCUUGGCAAGCAUGGCAAAUGCAGGCUGCAAAAUUCCAUCAACAGCAGCAACAACCAACAGCUAAUUAUGCUGCUAAUUUUCCGUAUGCUGAUUUUUUAAAUUCUUAUAUGGCUAAUGGUGGAGGUGGAGGAAUAAAUAAUGGAGGAAUUCCAGGAAAUAGUAAUACUUCAGCAUCAGCAAUGAUGAUGCAACAACAACAGCAGCAGCAACAAGUUUGGAAUAACAAUAGUUUUGGUCAAAUUCGAAAUAAUAAUUUUUCAUCUUUCCAAAAUCAUCCGAGCUUUUAUCCUCCACAUCCCCCACAAAUGUAAUAAUAUCUACCCAGACUAUAUUAUAAGGCUUGGUUUUGAUUAUGUAAAAAUUUUUUCUGGGGUUUUUUCUGUUUCAGCUCCAAGCUUUAUUAUCUCUUUAUUUUAUUACUCCUCUUAACAAUACCAAAAAUAUUUCUUAAAGAAAAUUUCGGUUGGGAGUUUCGCUAAUCUAUUAACCUUAUUUUACAUAUUUUUAUAUUUUGAUCACUACAUAUAUAUUUUAACAUGCAUCAUAUAUAUUUUGAUAUCU